GUCACUUCCCCGUCACUUCCCCGUCAAUAUGAGUCUGUGUCCCAGUGAGGGCUCCGUCAUCGGGUCUCCCCCGGGAACACACCCGGGGAGGUGGGGUCUUUAUACCGACAGGAGGAGGCUAGUCAGCUGUUAGCUAAUGAGCUCGUCUCCCAGCAUCCUGCUGGUGGAGCCGUUCUAUGGUGGAUCUCACAAACAGCUGAUCGAUCUUCUGAAUGAAAAUAUCAUCGACUGCUGCGUCUUCACACUCCCCGCCAAGAAGUGGCACUGGAGGGCGAGAAUAGCAGCACUGUACUUCAGCCAGACCAUCCCCACCUGCCCAACAUACAGGGUUCUUUUCAGCAGCUCGGUCCUGAACCUGUGUGAGCUGGUGGCUCUCAGACCUGAUCUGGCUCGACUGAAGAAGAUCCUCUACUUCCAUGAGAACCAGCUGGUUUAUCCGGUCCGCAAAGACCAGGAGAGAGACUUCCAGUACGGAUACAACCAGGUUCUGUCAUGCCUGGUAGCAGACGUAGUCGUGUUCAACUCGUUCUUCAACAUGGAUUCCUUCCUGACGUCUAUCUCCUCCUUCAUGAAAAAGAUUCCUGACCAUCGACCCAAAGACCUCGAGCAGCUGAUCCGUCCCAAGUGUGUGGUCCUGAGCUUCCCUCUUCAGUUUCCUGACGUCAGCAGACUGAUGCCCAAACACAAACUGGUCCGUGAGCAGCAGAACAGUGAUGAGCCUCAAACUCACAGGUCUGAGGAUCCACAUCCGGCCACAGUGGAACAUGACCUGGAACCAGUUUCAGACCAGGACUCUGGAGACCAGUUCAAACCUCUGCACAUCGUGUGGCCUCAUCGAUGGGAACAUGAUAAAAACCCAGAGCUGUUCUUCUCAACACUCAUGAGACUGAAAGAGAAACAACUGAACUUCAAGCUGUCGGUGCUCGGAGAGACAUUCACUGACAUCCCAGCCAUCUUCUCUGAGGCUCGCCGUCAGCUGGACUCUCACGUGGUGUCGUGGGGCUUUCAGAGCAGGAAGUCAGAUUACCUCCGAGUUCUGUGCGAGGCCGACGUGGUCGUCUCCACCGCCAAACACGAGUUCUUCGGCGUCGCCAUGUUGGAAGCUGUUCACUGCGGAUGUUUUCCUCUGUGUCCGAAGGCUUUGGUGUAUCCUGAGAUAUUUCCAGCACAGUAUCUGUACUCCACACCUGAGCAGCUGUGCAAACGUCUGCAGGAACUCUGCAGGAGGCCCGAGCUCGCCCGCAGACAUGUCCUCAAGGUCGACACCUCCUCCUUCUCCUGGACGCGUCUGAAGGAUCGUUUUGAGAUGCUGCUGCAGACUCAGGUCCCUGAACGCAGCGCAGGCCGGUCUGAGGCUGAGGUCCAUUAGCUGGUGAUGGUUGGAGGUCUGGAUGGAGCAGAACGCCGCGGUGACAUCCAGUACGAGCGUCUCUCGUUCCUCUGAGCUCCGGAGACGCCGAGUCUGGAACUGUAAACGUCUCCGUCUUCUGGAGACUGAGACGUCUGCUUUCAUGGGUCUGAUUGGGGGAGGGGGGGAGGGGGGGGGGGGUGUUAACUGGCAGCCCCGCUUCCUGAAUCUGGAAACCUGUUCGAUCUUCACCACAGCCGCCAGUCUGUGGUGAAUGGACCUGCGUCCACCAGGUCACGUGAUCAGUGUUACCAGGUGUGAACCUGAGAGUGACAUCACACACUGUGGCCCCACAUCAUCACUAUGACGACACGACCUCAUGAUGUGAUCUGCUGAGCAGAAUCAAGAUAUAGAACAAGAAGAGUGUAUUAUUGUGGAACUGAAAUAUUGUUACUUGUUUUUUAAUAAAAAAUGUUGAGUGAGUUA